AGAAAAAAAGAGAAAAGGAGAGGGGGCUUAAACCUCAAUCCAGGCGGUUGAAGUUUGAAGAACAAGGUAAGGAGAGCUAAGCGAGCUAGAGAGACGCUGAUGACGAUUUGCUCAUACGCAGUGACUGGUGAGUGAACCAUGACACUGACGGUGAUGAGGAUGAUGCCAACCAAACUCCACUCAUGGAGUUUCUGUCAUUAUUAUUCACCAUCCUCCCCCGCUUCAGAAAGCAACCGACUUGUCUUCUUCGGCUGCAACUGCCUUCCAUUUCAUUCUCAUCUCUCUUUUUCUAAAGAAACCGGAAAAAUCCCUCUUACUAGAAUCAAUUACUCUAUGCUCUCUCCAGUUCUCAUUGAGGCGCCGCCGCCGCCGCCGCCUUCCUGUUCGUUUGUGACCUGCGCCCUCGGAGGAGGAGAUGAUUUAUCUUCGUUACCCUUGUCCAUGGACGACGAAGAAGAAGAAGCUAGAUUAGUUAUUUCAGAGAUUCUUCAAGAUUGUGGGGUUUCUGAGGACGAUUCUCGGGAAAUUGUUAUUAAGGCUCCUAGAUAUAUCCGUAUGCUCGUCGACAGUGUACACGAAUUGAACGAGCUCUCUCUGUGGGGUUCCUGGAAGAGUGAGAAGCAGAGCACAACCAGUGACAUGGAAGAAGGGGUGGGAACAAGUUCUUCUUCUUCUCCAGACUUGGUUCCGUUCAGAGAAAAAGUAGAAUACGUUGCAAAGCAAAAAGGAGAAAAAGGUAUGUUUCUUCCUUGGCUGGAGAGCCUUGGAUUGAGUUUGUCUUCUGCAACAUAUAUUGCCCGCUACUUGUCGUCUGAGACUCUGCCAAAUCUUAUAUGUAAGGUUAAAUAUAUGAAGGAAAUAUUCUCUUAUGACAGUGAUGAUAAACGAAAUACCAGCAAAAAAGCCCGUCAAAUGAUGCAGCACCUGUCAAUUCCUAUUGAUGAGGAUGUACAGCAAACACUCUCAUUUUUUGAGAAGAUUGAAGCAAGACGUGGAGGAUUGGACAUGAUGGUCUCUGAAGCUGUCUCUUUCCGCUACCUUAUUGAAUCAUUCCCGCGCCUUCUUUUGUUAUCAGUGGAUUCCCAUAUGAAACCCUUGGUGGAAUUUCUUCUAUAUAUUGGUCUUUCCAGAGGGGGCAUAAGAGAUGUUUUUCUAUUGUUUCCGCCCAUCAUGUUCUAUGAUAUCAACAAGGAUGUGAAACUAAGAAUGCAAACCUUUGGAAAGGUAGGUGCAAGUAAUAGAGAUUUUGGCAGGAUAUUGCUGAAGUAUCCAUGGGUUCUGUCUUUGAGCAUUCAAGGGAACUACAAGGAGAUCCUUUCUUUUUUCGACUUGGAGAAGGUGCCUAAAACUAGUGUUGAACAAGCAAUUAAAUCCUGGCCAAUUUUUCUUGGUUGUUCAAUCCGCAAGCUGAAAUUGAUGGUAGAAGAGUUUGGGACAUUAGGUGUUAGAGACAAGAAGCUAGGGCAGGUCAUUGCGACCAGUCCUCAACUGUUGCUACAGAAACCUCAAGACUUUUUGCAGGUGAUCUCAUUUCUAGAGGAGUUGGGACUCGAUGAGAAGGACAUUGGCCAGAUUCUAGGCCGCUGUCCGGAGAUAUUCGCCACAAGUAUUGAGAAGACACUAAAGAAGAAACUUGAUUUCCUUCUUGCUCUUGGUAUCUCAAGGAACCAUAUCCCCAAGGUCAUCAGAAAAUACCCCGAGCUAUUUGUGUGCGACGUCAAUAGAACUUUACAUCCUCGAAUGAAAUACUUAAUCAAGACAGGGCUAUCGAGGAAGGACAUUGUGUUCAUGGUUCGAGGAUUCUCACCUUUGCUAGGUUAUAACAUCGACCAAGUUCUGAAGCCAAAGUUGGAGUUUCUUGUAAAUACCAUGGACAAGCCUCUAAAAGAUGUGGUAGAGUAUCCCAGGUAUUUCAGUUACUCACUUGAGAAGAAGAUAAAACCUAGGUAUUGGGUGCUGAAAGAUAGGAACAUCAUAGAGUUUAGCUUGAAAGAUAUGUUAGGUAAGAAUGAUGAGGAAUUUGCGGUUGAGUUUAUGGGAGUCAGAGAAGUAUCUCCUCUCCCUAAUGAAUGAUGCCAACAAUCAUGUAUUAUGUAGUAUUUAGCUUGCAUUCUUAAUUGAGUAUUAUCAUGGAAAAGUGUAAAUGCUUGCAAUUAAUGAAAUCGAUGAGAUGUCCCGCGCGCAAUAAGUUGGAUUACAUUUUUUUUUGUGACCGGGUUUAUUUCUGGGGUGGCUAGCAAAACUCCACCGCAAUGUUCAGUUGGAUUACUUGAGACAAA